CCGAAUGACCGCUUGGCAUAUAUCCAUAUGACUGAGUGAGUGACUAUAUUCGCUCACCUGGUCAUCCCUCCAACGACGCGUUUCCUUCUUCCUCAGGUGCUUUCUUCUUUACCCUAAAACAUCACUCAUGCAACCAACAAUAACAAUCUCCAACUUCACUCCUCUAUAUUAAUAUAUUCAUUUAAUUAUUAUCCUCCACUUCACACAUCCAUUUCCCCCAACCAAAAACCCUAAUUCCAGUUGCGAUCUGUAACCUCUACCUUCACUAACCCCAAAUUUCAUCAUCCUCAAUCCAGACCUACAAUUCAUUGCAAUUUUAUUGAUUCGGAACCAUUAGAACAGUACGAUUAGGUUUUCUAGGGUUUUAGUUGAUCGCGUGUGUUGGAAUUUGAGAUCUGGAUGAUAGUUUGAGUUUGUAAGGUGAUUAAAGCAUUGAUUUGAGGAGAUAUGGAUGUGGAUUAUGGCGGUGAAGCGGGCUGUCUUGACCCGGAGCUGUUGCAGCUGAAUGAAGUGUCUCCGUUGGCGAUUAAAUCGAAUCCGUAUGUUGCUGAGAAGCUGUUUGAGCAGUGGCUUUCGCUUCCGGAAACUACUCCUUUGGUUAAAUCUUUGAUUAACAAUGCUAAAGCGGGCGUUCCAUUGAAUGUGUCUGGAGCAACUAACAGCCCAAAGGCGACAUCUGGCAAUGCAAUACCUUCCAUGUUCCCAGCUGGCAGUGCACCUCCACUCUCACCAAGAAGUUCAUCUGGUUCUCCUCGUAUUUCAAAACAGAGGGCGGGCCCGUCGGUUUUAGCUUCUCCUUUGAGAUUGGUUAGCGAGCCAGCAAAAGAGUUAAUACCACAGUUCUACUUUCAAAAUGGUCGUCCACCACCAAACGAAAUUAAAGAACGAUGUUUGUUUCGAAUUAAUCAGUUUUUCUAUGGUCACCCGGAAGGACUACAAUUGCUUGAAUUCAAGCCAGUUACAAAGGAAAUUUGCAAGCUGCCAUCAUUUUUCUCUACCGCUCUUUUCAAAAGGAUCGAUGUUAAUGGCACUGGCGUUGUGACCAGGGAAGCAUUUGUUGACUAUUGGGUCCACAACAACAUGCUUACGAAAGACGUAGCUACCCAGAUAUUUACAAUAUUGAAGCAGCCUGAUCUGAGAUAUCUAACUCAUGAGGACUUCAAACCCAUACUUCGUGAACUUUUGGCAACUCAUCCAGGUCUCGAGUUCUUACAAAGCACACCCGAAUUUCAAGAGAGAUACGCUGAAACGGUAAUAUACAGAAUAUUUUACUACAUGAAUAGAGCCGGUAAUGGUCGUCUAACCCUCAGGGAGCUAAAACGUGGAAAUUUAAUUGCUGCAAUGAUGCAUGCAGACGAAGAAGAGGAUAUAAACAAAGUUUUGAGAUAUUUCUCGUAUGAGCACUUCUAUGUGAUAUAUUGCAAAUUCUGGGAGCUGGACACGGAUCACGAUUUCUUGAUUGAUAAAGAGAACCUUAUACGAUAUGGAAACCAUGCGUUGACCUACAGGAUUGUUGAUAGAAUAUUUUCACAGGUUCCAAGAAAGUUCACUAGUAAGGUUGAAGGGAAAAUGGGAUAUGAAGAUUUUGUUUACUUUAUUUUGUCUGAAGAGGAUAAGUCAUCUGAGCCAAGCCUCGAGUACUGGUUUAAGUGCAUAGAUUUGGAUGGAAACGGGGUGCUGACAAAAAACGAGAUGCAAUUCUUCUAUGAAGAGCAGCUGCAUCGCAUGGAAUGCAUGGCUCAAGAGCCUGUUAUUUUUGAGGACAUAUUAUGUCAGAUAGUUGACAUGGUUGGACCAAAGGAUGAGGGGUAUUUCACUCUCCGUGAGUUGAAAGGAAGCAAACUUUCUGGAAGUGUUUUCAAUAUCUUGUUUAACCUUAACAAGUUCAUGGCCUAUGAAAGUCGUGACCCCUUCCUUAUUCGUCAGGAACGCGAAAACCCGACAUUGACUGAAUGGGACCGGUUUGCACAUAGGGAAUACAUUAGGCUUUCAAUGGAGGAAGAUGCUGAAGAUGCAUCCAAUGGUAGUGCAGAUGUAUGGGAUGAAUCUCUUGAAGCCCCCUUCUAGUUACUAAUUGAGACGAGGUCAAACAUUCUUUGUGGGGGCGCACAAUAGAAGGCUUGCAAAGCUUUUCAACGAGUCACCGAGUAUGAUCAAAGCCGAAAGGGUUAACCUCCACAAGAUGAUUCUGCUUUUAACAACCACCAAAAAGUUUGAGUUUUUCAGCAGUGAAAAGGGGUUUUCAGUUUCCAAGUUGCAUAAGAUCAAGAUUCUCAGGUGAUUUAGUUAUAAAGCAUGUUAGUGUUCUUGAGAAACUGCUUUCACUUCUUCCCGAAAAAUUUGUUAUGUUGAUAACAUUUUCUAAAUGGCAUAGGCUGGUGAAGUUACUAGUUGUGAUUCAACUUUGUGUCUUUGAUGUAGUUUUGAUUUUGAUUUUGAUUUUGAUUCCUCCUGGACAUAUUUGUUUCGAUGUCGAUUUAGAUUUUUGUAUGUAAUAGAAUGACACUAUUCUGCAAGUUUUUUUUUCUUUCAAAUUUUUUGUAGCUUGGUGACAGGAAUGACACUAUUCUGCAAGUUUUUUUUU